AUGGAACUGCCUCCUCUUGCACCUAUACCCCCCAUCGAGAUUCGCCUGGACAUUGCACCAACAGAAUGGGAAGCAUGCCUAAAUGCUUGGCUCACCCUCACAGACUCAUACUUACAGCUUGGAAAGAAACACUUCGCGACAGCAGCUGGUGACGGCAGUGCUCUUGGGACGUUCUUGAUAUCGACAUAUGGAGAAAUCGUUGCAGCGCCACUCGCGGACUCAUCACUAUCGAACGACAGAGCUCGAAAACUGCAGCGAUUAUGUUUCAUGCUCAUAGAUCGUAUGACUGCAGAAUGCGUCUUUCCGAAAGCUUUGCUGUCUUUGGAGUUCCUGGAAGACUUUUGCCAUGCGCAUGUGAGAAGCAAAGCAGCAGCUAGACUUGUGACAACGCUAUGGUUGGGCAAUACAGGCCACUUGCAACAGUCACUGCAGAAACGAAAGACUAGCUUGGCUGCUGCACUAGAGUCUACCUCGUCAAGCCAAGCCUUACCUGAAUUGACAAGACUCGCGCCGCUGUUCCGAUUAUGUCCAGAUAUUGGCACUUUCUUCCUGACUGGUUCAGACUUCUUGGACGGACUGGCGACUGCCUACACUAAGUUGUUGAACGACGGCUCGAAGAAGUCACUCAGUAGUGUAACGUAUCUGGGCCUUGCUUCUCUGGUCAAGACUGAACAGCCCAACUUCUCUUUGCUUUCAGAUUGCUUGUACGACUUGAAGGCUCAAGCGGACAAGCAAGCUGGUGUGCCAUCUUUGCUCGCAGAUGUCGUCACGAACACACCGCUCCUCUCAUUACUGAGGCGCUCAAUCGGCGAAGGUGGAUCGACGAGACUUACAAAGCUCAUCGAACAGCUGGGAACAUAUCGUACGCCAAGCAUUGCUCGAGAGAAGAGAGUGGCUCGUCAUAGAUCAAGGAAAGGCAGAAACCGUCAAAGCAGUGGAGAUAUGCAUAUCCAUCAGAUGAGUCUCGUCACGCAGGUACAGGAUCUAUUCCCAGACCUUGGAUCUGGCUUCGUGAUGCGACUGCUUGACGAGUACCACGAUGAUGUAGAACAGGUUACCGCACAUCUGCUUGAUGACUCGCUGCCACAACAUCUACAAAGUCUUGGCCGGACGGACGAAGCAUUCCUUAGGGCUAGCGACGAACAAGAAGAGAUCGACCAUCUUGCCCCUAGAUCAACACCACCACCGCCAGAACCAUUCGUACCUGAUCGGCGGAAUUUGUUCGAUGAUGACGAUCUACUAUCAGCGGAUGCAUCUCGACUUCACCUUGGCAAAGCGGAUCGAUCAGAGUCUGGCCCGGUUAACAAAGCUGCCAUCCUAUCUGCACUUUCUGCAUUCGACGCCGAUGAUGACGAGCGGGAUGACACGUACGAUUUCGAUGAUGUGGGCGGCACCGUGGACUCGGCGCAUCCGGAUGGCGAGCCUGGUCCAUCGGCCAAAAUCACACAGGAGGAGAACGACAUGGCAUUAUUCAAAGCCUACAGAUCGUCUCCAGAGCUUUUCGGCCGAACAUUUGAUGUCAGAAGGGGUCAAGCGCGUAUGACGCUAAAGGGCGAGACUGGCAUGACAGAUGAAGCUAUCGAAGGUUGGGCAAUCAUGCUUCAGCGCGAGCCAAAGCGGCUACAGAGGCUCGAAACUCGAUUCGGUGCAGCCGCUACCUUCGAUGGGAGGCAGGCAGCGCUCGAGAGAACUUCGUAUAGGGAGUCGCCUGGUGGCACGGAGACGGAAGACUCGGAUGGGCCGUCCGCUGGACGAGGAGGCUAUAGAGGACGUGGUCGAGGCGGGGGAGGCAGCGGCGGCGGGAGGGGUGGAUCAGUCGCCGGUCCUUCUGGCGAAGCGAGUACGGCGAAUGCGCAAAGAAGGAAAGAGGCAAGCAAAGGCAGCAGAGCUAAUCAUAAUCGUAGAGACCAAAGAGCGAAGAAGAUCGCUCGGGGCGGGUUUCCUGGCAACAGAGGUGGUGGUACAUCAGAAGACGUCGAUCCCAGGACAGCGAGUCCGCCGCCCGCCGCGCAUGCGCAGUUCCGAGGCCACAACCUGAGCGUCCCGACCGGCGUGGUGCUGAAUGACAUCCCGGGAACGACUUACGGCGAGGCGAGCUCGUUGCUCCGGCCUCAGACUGGCGUUGGCAGUCCAUAUCCUUCCAUAGCGGUUAGUGGCGCUCCUCCGAGGCCACGUGCCCAUACUUUUGCUGAGAUCAACAUGCAGCUGGCGGCGCAACAGGCGGAGCAGUAUAGGAGGGGCACACCGGUGACGCCGGGCGGGACACAGGUGGGUGGAGGGCAUGGAGGAUGGUCGGUACCCGGCACUCGACAUGUCUCGGAGCAGCAGCAGCGUGGUGGGCACGGGCAAUAUAUCCCGCCUCCGCCACCGCUACCCAGCUCGACUCCGGGGCCACCAGGCAUGCACUUGCCUGGUCCUCCACCCAGACCUCCCAUGAGCGCGGUAGGGCAGAUGCAUGUCAACAUUCCACCUCCGCCGAAUCAGCCGAACGGGACGUACAACGCGUGGAAUCGUGGUCAGGCAACUUACCCUCCGCCCAUGCAAAACCGUGAGCUCCGGACAUAUGACCCCAUGGCGUACUACGAGCAUUUCCAACAGCUCCCACCUUUGCCUGCUGCCGACCAGCCACUGACUUCUGCAACCUACAUCCCAGGCGGAGAGAGCUUUGGUCCGGGCGUGGGCAUUCCACCUCUGCACUCUUCUUUUGGUCCGCAGCCUCCACAGCUGCUGCCUCCACUACGGCCACAGGUACACCAGCAGAACAGCUAUCAGCGCGGCAAUUCAAAUGACUUCACCUCAGGUCCAGAUGCAGCUUUACAACAUCAAUUGGCGCAGCAGCAGAGAUAUGGUGAUCAUUAUCAGGACUACAAUCAGACUCAAGGAUGGCUUAGCAACCAGCCAUACCAGGCGUAUCAGAAUCAGCAGACACAGCACUCAUACACUCAAGUCACAUCAGCACCAGCUCCGCAGAACAAUUAUCCGCCACCCACACCUACAACUGCAAGGCAGAAGACUUUGAUUUUACCUGCGAAGGAGACUCAAGAGCAUCCGUCACCGGCGACAAGUUCAAACCCGCAUCCCUUCAGUAGUCGGGCUUCGACCAGGCAUAGUAAAGAUGAUAGCCCGUCGCAAGGCAAUCGUGAUCACUCAUCUUCUGGAGAGACUACGGCAAGCCCGCAGGACCAGGGCUGGCCAGCUGAGCGAGUGCAAAUUUGGCUGGCUGCGCACAAUUUCAGUAAAGAGUGGCAAACGGCAUUCCAACAUCUGAACGUGUCCGGCUCUACAUUCCUAGACAUAGGCAAAGCUAGUGGUGGACCAGGCCAGCGCAACAUUGGCUUUCUGCCGCAGACUGUACUCCCUCAGAUCGCAAGAGAGUGCACAAACCACAACUUGAUCUGGGAUCAGUCAAAGGAGAGGGAGGAGUCGCGACGCUUCAGGAAGCUGGUGAGGGAUAUCUCGAAGACUGGUGGUGCAAGCACGCCCGCGACGGCUACGUCGACAAGCACUGUCAGCUUGCCUCUCCAUGCCCGAAGACAGAGUAAUCAAUUUCUACACUCGGCCAGUGCUGGCACAGAUGGCGGCGUGGAGAACUCACCCAAUAUGUCACGACAAGACAUUAACACCUGGUCAACGCCGAAUACUGCCGGUGAUGGUGACUCGCCUGGCAGAGCCAUGCCUUCGAUGACCAUCGCACAGAGAAGACUUUCCACCCAGCAUCGAGCAGCAAGUUUGGAUGUCCUGUCGCGGUCGCUUGACGAGAAUGGUCGGAGUGCCAUGUCUUCGGCCGCUCUGAAAUCUAUAGGCGACAUACCGCGGCGGCACUCACCCAGCGCAAGCAGUGAGAUUGCUCCAGGUAGUGGCAGGAACUUCCACAGUCCGGCGCAAAGCCCUGGCCUGCCGGGCCUACCGGGUAACCAGGCGAAUGGAACGGCACAGGGCUCAGGACGAUAUUAUGCACCAGGCCACUUUCGACAUGCGAGCAGCGAUACUAAUGUCAUUCCGCAUGGUGUGAGUAGCUCAUCGCCAGCACCAGGAAGACUGAGUGCUGGACCGACGUCUGGCCGUGACUCUGAUGGAGGCUAUCCUCGACCACCUCCAGAAGACACAAGAAGACGCAAUGCCACGGACGGCUCAAGGCCGCCUGCUGAAACCACAAGGCAUAGCAGUCAAGAGACUCCAGCCAGUGCGAAGGAGCACAAAGGCUUCUUGCAUAAGUUCAGACGUGAUAAGAAGAACAAUGGGGGCGACACGACUGCUGAGGAAGAUUCGAGUCCGGCAUCUCCACAAGCUACGAAGUAUGGGCUUCAGGGCAAGCUCCGUAAUACGCCAUCAGACUCUUCACUUAUAGAUCGACCACCCAGCCGGAAGAGUGCUCAUACGAGCGUAGAAUCUGUCGAAUCCAUACCACCAAUCCCGCAGGCCAGAGGUCGUCCUGCCGCUCGCGAAGGCGACAAGAAAUUCAUCUUUGUGACUCCCGAUGGCUGGAACUACCGUUUGAUCGAUAUCUCCGAGGUUGAAACUGCAGAUCAAUUGCGUACCGUGAUAUGUUACAAUCUUGGAGUGCCGGAAGGUCCUGACGUGGCAGUACAUAUCACAGGUGCAGGACGAGUCGAGCAUGACGAAGCACUUGGCGACCAUCUGUUGAUGAGUGCGGUGACCAGGAUGGCAGAUUCUUCCGGCAGUCUCAAGUUCUUUCUACGAGCACCGGGUGGACCUGUGCCGCCGGAGAGUGCAGGGCUUGGCUUCGGCUUCCCAUCGAGUCCAUUCAGAAAACCAAGUUUCACUGGUAAGCCUCUGGAUGAAGAGACCUAUCGGCGUCUCACUGAGGCAGGGCAAGUGGGCUCGCCGAGCACUUUCCGGUCCGGCGAGAGUACACUGGUGCCUGAUAAGGUCAAAGCGAUACAGUACUUGCAAAAGGAAAGUCCAGGUGCCUCGGCCCCAGAAGUCUAUCAGGAGACCAUGCUACAGCAGGACUUCGCCAGUCUGUCGUCAGCCGAACGACAAGCUUUACUGGAUGCCAAGCAAGAGGAGCACGAGAAAGAAGUGGCGCGGAAGCGGAAAGUCUAUGAGGAGCAGCGACAGAACAGAAUCUCCGACCAUAAUUCUGGUGUGCGGAACGUGGUUGACUUUGACCAUCCCCGACAGUCUCCAUAUCAAAACAGACCACUUUCAUCGGGAUCGGGAGACUUCGAUCGUAAGACAGACAUCCUAGUGCCAAUGAGAAAACCGCCGCCGGUGCCGGACCCGACUGCCACGCUUGUCAAGGCCAACAGUCUAACUAAGAAGCAAGGCCCCCCAGCACGAACAAGCUGGCCAAAUCGCAAGGACGAGCCAUGGAAGCGUAACUCCAAUGGCUCCAUACCAGAAGAGGAGGGUAGGCGCGUACCGAGUGGUAUUGGUGCGGCCUUGGCUGGUGCAGGUAAAGCUGUUGCAAGUGUGGGAGGACCUUCCAGAGCACCGGCGCAGUCUAGUGGCUUGCAGAAGAGUAUGACGGUCCCUGACUUGAGGCAGGAAGCUGGUGCACGACCACAGCCACAAGCUGUGUCUAGUGCUGCUGAGCUGAGUCGUGCCGCUUUGAAGCGACAUGGAUCGGGAGCCACGGCGAGAAGUCCGUUCACCAUGUCUAAAGGAGGUCAGCAGUUUAAGGUGCCUGAUUAUGUCGACGAAGAUGGGGAGCGCGAGGAUGAGAAUACUUUGAAAGCCAACCGGCCCAAUUUGUCCUUGCGCACGCCGUCUAAUCCUAUGCUCGACAAGCUGAGGAGUACAGGCAGGAGCCAUAGCCCAGAACUUAGCCCGAGCGCACAGCAUCCUCCUGGCCAGCUUUCGCGCGUGGUCAGCAAGCGUGGGCCAAGCUUCGACUUGCCUGCUCGACAGGUAGAUUUUGCACCUCCCGCUACGACCUUGGAAGAGGAGGAAGACGAGGAUUCGGACGAUGGUCUGUUCGCGAUACCUCUGGCGAACAAGACCAUGCCGAAAAUUGUUCCAGCACCGACCAACGCAAAUGCAAAAGCUCAUGCAAUCCUUGGUAUCUCCGAGUCACCGCCCACGAGUCGCUCUCCAAGCAAGCCUGAGCUUAAGCUCAAGACCAGCAGAAACAACGUGAAGUUUGAGUUGGCAAAGUUGCCACCGAGUGGCAACGGCCUUGAAGACGGCGCGGAAGUUCAGCGCAGUGUACCGGAGUCUGCAUCUUCCAAUCAGUGGUCUGUAGAUUCGCCUGAUGAUGCGAAUCGCUUCGGCAGGCGAGAAAGCUUUGCUAGUGACAUGUGGGCUAAUCGUCCUCCCGCUGAAGGCAUUGUCGAGCAUCUGGACGAGUUCUUCCCGAAUGUUGACCUUGAUCAGCCACUUGGUAAUGCGGAGGAGGGGGGCGAGAGUAGCCCGGUGUCCACUGAUCGCACGCUACUGAGUAGCAAGGCAUCGUCUUCGAGCUUACAUAGCAGGAGUAUUACACCUAUGUCCAGCGCUGACGAGUCCGACACACUUGGCAGCGACGAGAGCACACUCAAGCGAGGAGACAACACCAUUACAUCUGUUGCUGCGCGUAGUAUGCGCAAAUCUGGAGGGCUGGGGAGGACCAAGAGUAUCCGCGAUGUGGUUAAGAACAACUACAACAUGCAGCCAGGCCAUCUCUCGAUGUCUUCAUACACAUUAUCGAGACCAUCGAGCAUUGCUGGUCCCGUACAGAACCCGCUACUGGGUAGAGUCAGUACGCUGCGGAUAGACGCAGCCAACAGUAUCGUUCGGCGGAAGAGCACGAAGAUGUUCGGGGCCCGUAUCGAGCAAGUCAAGCCCGCUCGUGGCAGCAGACUCAUUAACAACCUCGAAACCAUACCUCAGGAUACGAUACCAGAGGGCAAUGUUCAGCACAACAACAAGCAUAUUCCGGAAAGACAGCCAACGUUCAAAUGGAUGCGUGGCCAGCUCAUUGGCAAGGGCACCUUUGGUCGUGUAUACCUCGGUAUGAACACAACCACUGGUGAGCUCCUGGCUGUCAAGCAAGUGGAGGUCAAUCCGAAAGCACCAAAUACAGAUCCCAACAGGAUUCGCGAAAUGGUCAAGGCGCUGGAUAUGGAGAUUGAUACAAUGCAGCAUCUCGAUCAUGUCAAUAUCGUGCAGUACCUUGGAUGUGAGCGGAAGGAAUUUAGCAUCAGCAUUUUCCUGGAGUACAUUCCUGGUGGCAGUGUGGGAUCUUGUCUGAGGAAGCAUGGUAAGUUUGAGGAGCCUGUCGUGUCAUCUUUGACACGCCAGACCUUGAACGGACUGGCAUAUUUGCACAGCGAAGGUAUUCUACAUCGUGAUCUCAAGUCUGACAACCUCCUCUUGGACCUGGACGGAACUUGCAAGAUCUCAGACUUUGGUAUCUCAAAGCGUUCGGCAGAUCCAUACAACAACGACAUCACCAACAGCAUGCAAGGUUCUGUCUUCUGGAUGGCUCCCGAGGUCAUCCGCGCGCAGUCGCAGCCAAUGAACCAAAAUGCUGGAGAUGGUCUGACAGCCAUGAAUCAGGGCUACAGCGCCAAAGUCGAUAUCUGGUCUCUCGGGUGUGUCGUCCUAGAAAUGUUCGCAGGCCGUAGACCAUGGAGCAAGGAAGAGGCGAUCGGUGCUAUCUACAAGCUGGGCAGUCUCAACCAAGCGCCACCAAUUCCAGACGACGUCAGCAGUGUCAUCGGGCCAGCGGCCCUGAGCUUUAUGUAUGACUGCUUCACUAUUGACCCUCGUGAACGACCGAUCGCGGAUACUUUGCUGAGAGCACCUUUCUGCAUUUUCGAUCCCAACUACAAUUUCCUGGACACCGACCUGUACGCUAAGAUCCGAGGCGCCUUUUAA